UUGCCGGCUCUGCCCAUACUGCGGACAAGACCACCCUGAUGGAUUUUCUAGGGCAAUUUGACAAAGAUAGGCCCGAACACCACGAUACGGUAUCCGGCGCCAGCCAGCACGAGGAGGUUGAGAAGAGCGGGCCAGAGGAACCGAGCGAAAAGGAAGAGGCCAAAAUUGAAGAGUCUGCAACUGCAACCAACCCAAUUGAGCCUGGGCCCGAAGAGUCAAAGCAGGAGUCGGGAACGGCGACAGAGAAGGCUUCCGAUAGCGAAAAUAGGGCCAGCGAACAGAACUUUGCAGAUGAGGAGACGUCUGUGUCGUUAGAGCAUAUUACAUCCACUAGUUAUGGGGAGGGCCAGGUAUUAAAUGACACUUCAGACUCGGAGGAAGGGGAGGAGGAGUUGAAGGCAUCUCAGAAAGUAGAAGUUCCCAAAUCAAAGAAACAAGAUGACAAGAAGCUGCCUACAGACUACCCGAAUCCUCCUACGUCGAACAAGAAAAGCGUUGUAUUUGAUUUCCAGAAGUUCCUGACAAUGUUUAAAAACAAGCAAUGUGAGCCUAUUCACAAAUAUCUUCGCUCUUUCUUGACCCAAUUUUCUCAGAGAACAUGGACAGUUGACGAGCAAGUUAAGCUAAUUAAGGAUUUUGAGGCGUUUCUCUACGACAAACUGCUGCAGUACUACCCUUUCAACACCAUCCAAGACGAGCUGGAGCUGGACAAUUGCAAAGAGGGACUGGAAAAACUAGUGCUUACACGGCUGUACUCGCAGGUAUUUGCACCGGCGACGCCAAAACCAAAACAAUCUCCACAGCAGCGGGAAGACCUCCUGAAAGACCGCAAGUACCACACUUCCCUGAAGCUAUAUGACUGGAUCCAUCCGAGACAUCUGGACAUACCCGUUUCGCUAGGUCUGGAGUCCAACUUUGUCAAGCUUGCGUCUGGGGAGAUUAACAAAAUCAACAAUUACAAGUCGCCGAGGGACAAGAUCAUUUGUAUUUUGAACUGCUGCAAGAUAAUUUUCGGGCUUAUUAGACAGCAGCAGAAAAUGCACCAGAUCGAAGAGAACGCCGAUUCGUUUGUGCCGUUACUGAUCUAUGUGCUGUUGCAGGCGAAACCCAAAUAUCUCUAUUCCAACUUGCAGUACAUCGAGCGGUUUAGAUUGGAGGAGUUCCUUGUUGGCGAGACAUCAUACUACGUGAGCACGCUGGAGAUUGCAUGCAACUUCAUCAUUGAUCUUGAUCGAGACAAAUUGACAAUUGAGGACGAGGAGUUCGAUGAGCAGCUCGCACUUGCGAAGCAAAGGCUGGAGAAACAGAAGGAAGAGAAAAAACAAAGAAAUGAGCAGAAGGGCGCCAACGACAUCCUUUCGCCGAUACCAAAGAAACUGACAGAGCUGAUAGGGUCGAAUUCGAACGAGUCGCCGUCACAGGUGCUUACCAAGUCGGCCGAAAUGAUGAAACAGUCGAUCUCGUCGUCGCUGAACAACCUGUUCCAGACCUCACCGUCUCCUUCGGAAACACCUGCCAAACAAGAACUCAUCGAUAUCAAAAAGCUUUCCUUAGAGGAGCACGAGCACCAGGAGACAAUGCGCAAGCAGCGAGAGGAGACGACCGACGCCUUGGUCUCGAUGUUUCCAAAUUUGGACCGCGAACUUAUUACCGAUGUCGUUGCCUCCAAGGCCCGCACAGAAGGCGGAGGCAACAUAGGCGACUGCGUGGAUGCAUUGUUGGAGCUCAGUCACUAACAAUGGCCCAUGAGCAUUUGUCGACCACGCGUUCGUGUUGCAGGAGCUAUUUUUUUUUAUUCUCCUGUGAAAAAACCGCGAAGUGCGGCUCGGCGUGCGGCUUAGAUCAGAAUAAGAAUGACAUGAAAAGUACCGAGUCGGAGCCAACAAAGUAUCCAUCUUAUCGUUUAGGCGUGGCAAUGAACUCUCCAAUGGACGCGGGCCAUGUGCUGGACGAGAUCAAGACCACGGAAUCACAUUACAUCAGCGAACUGGGGUCGCUGAUGAGACUCGUGAACGCGUUUGAUGUGCGGUUCAACAACUACUUUGACGACUCGGUGGACGAUGCCAUCGAGGAACAGAUGGUCCACCGUCAGAAAAAGAACACGAGACUGGCCAAAACUGUGCGGACACUCAUCACGAUGCACCGCGAACUGGGAAAAAUACUCCAGACAGACGACCUUGCGGUGCUGGCUGCCAAGUUUGCAGAAUGGUGCACGGACGCCAUCAAGUUGUACAAGCAAUACAUCAGUCUGUACCGUUUGCAGGAGAACCAGUCUGUUUCUGAGGUGGAGCUGCGUCGCCAGCCGCUACUUAGACUGGCUUAUUUGCACCAGAGCAUAAAGUGCGUCAAAAACAUGCUGAGUCUGCAGAUGGACCGUUUGCAAGGUGGGUCGGUUUUCUCCGACCUGGAAGUCGCCAUACAUAGAUUGGAGCAGACAAUGGAGGAGGCACAUAGAAUGGAGUGUCUCCAGCGCAAGAAGCUGGAGAAGCACGUCAAUUUUUCCAGCGUGCGUUCAAUGACAGACUUCUCAAUGAUAUGUUCCAGUUUUAGUAUGAACAGCAUUGUGGAGACGUACCGGACAGAGAUGUACUACACGAACGAGAAGCUAGACACGUCGCUAAUUUUCAAGACUCUUGAGCUGAUGUUUCUCAAAAACCAGACUGUUGCCCUGGUGUCUCUCGAAAAGGGGGAACGGACGCUGGUUUUCCCCCCAUUGCGUGCCAACGAGCUCCACUACGACAAGCAGGUGGAGGAUGAGAUUUAUGUAUUCAAGCACACGCUGGACACAGGCAUUUGUGUGUAUCUGAAGCUGGACAGUGCCAUGCACUCGAGACUGGCCAAGUUCUGGAACAGGCCCGCUAAGCUGACCAAGACACGCUCGAUGGGUAUGGGGAUUCAAUUGCAGGGAAGAGUGUCGUCAGAAGAGCCCGAAUGCCAGCCACACCACCGUGUUUCUGAGAUUAAGGCUUAUGGAGUGCAGCAGCCGCAGGUGGCCGAAAUUCACCCGGCCAGAGAAGUUCCUAGAGCACCAUUGCAGCCUGUGUCGUCGUCAAAGCUCAAUUCAUUCGAUCCGCUACGGUUUGCACAGAACUAUCAGCACGGCAUCGAUGGCAGCUAUUUAAAGAAGAAACGGCAAUCUGUGUUUGGUAUGCUUUCCACCAUCAUCAAGAAAAAACUGACUGUGUCCGAGCCUACAGAUUCUGUUGUCGAGGAGAUUUUCCGCAAGAGCAAACAUUUGUUUUUGCAACGCGUCGAGUGGUGCAAAUGGGAGGAUAACCAAUGGUCUCAACCGGUACGCGUUGAUCUUUUGCUGCUCCAGUCCGACUCGGACAACUAUCUGAUGGGAACUAACGUCGACUCCGAACUACGUACAGAGUUUCUAAUCAAGCUCAAUGACAGCACAAUUGUGAGACGGGCCUCUGCAACGGAUAUCCACAUCACCAGCUGCGAUCUACAGAGCGCCGUGACGCUAUUCUGGCUCAAAACAGCAGGAGUCGACGAGGCCAGCCAGCUAUUCCAGAACGUUCUAACUAGAUCCACGUCUCUGUCGAACUCAAGUUCUUACAGCUCAAAUCUGAGUACCACAACAUACAACCCGUCCAUCAAAACGUUCGUUACCUCGACGUCAAUCGCAUCAAAUACUAAAAAGUGAAACAUCUAAUAUAUACAGUAUGUCAAUGCUCGUAGACGAUCAACGAGGCGCUGGUGAGGUUUCUCAGGACAUCAACCUUGUCCACGUCGUGAGUGUCCUCAACUUCUCCCCAGCGUUCCGUCUGAUAAAUUGUCUCCAAGGUGGCAGCGCGGGCGAUAUCGUCGACAGUCAGGUCGAUUUGGUCCUGUUUGUUGUUGAGCCUGAGGAUCGCCACGCCACUAAGGAAGGAUUUGGCAGUCAGAGUGGCCUUUUCAAGCGAAACCAGCGACCAGAAGUCCAGCGUGUCCAGCCAUUUGCGGACUGCUUUCACCGUGGCCUCUGGCUGUUUAUUGCCAACUAGUCCGUGGAUGUCCGAGUCCAUGUAAGUCAGCUUGACCUCCUCGCCAUUUUCCGCGUACGGCUGGAAAAAUGCCUCCAUCGACUUGAUGAUUGGCCGGUACGUCUGCUCCUGGGCCUCUCUGAGCUUCCCGUCGCAGUCUUUGGCGGGAGAAAACACAAGAAGAGUGUCGGUGUCAAGAUAUCUCAGCAGAAGCGCUUUCAGGUUCUCCUUGUCGCCAACUUUGGUCAACAGCUCUGCAUCUUGUUUGGUGUGCGACUGUUCCAGAUCAAUGCAUCUCGAGACCAGAGAAGUAAGUGGCACCAAAUAUGGUUUAAUUUGCAAGCUAGGCAGAUGUUUCCACUCGUGGGCUAGCAAAUACGCCAGAGUGUGCUUAUUUUUCGGGACCGUCAAUUGGAAACCGAGCGGCGUUUUGAUCGACUUGCCAUCGAGCAAGAUAUGGUACCCAUCGUCUUUCUCCGCCAAGUCCACUGUUUCCCAGAACUUGGUAAGUGUCUGCUCCAGUUUUCUGGUUUCCGAUGGGGCCUUAGUGGAUUGUGCACCCAGCGUCGCAUAACCCCUGAACAGGGGGGCUUUUAUGUUUCUUAGGACAAAAGCCAUGAAAAUU